UCAGUCAGAGAGAAUUCAGACAGCAUCUUUUGUCUCUUCAGGAAGGAUGGCCCCAAGUCCCCAAAACCUGGGACUUCUCCUUGUCUACUUUCUAUCUUUCCUCUUCGGCCUCCCUGCCAACCUCCUGGCGCUGUGGGCCUUCGUGGGGUGCGUGUGCCAGCCCCACCCCACACCCAUCCACAUCCUCCUGCUCAGCCUGACGCUGGCCGACCUCCUCCUGCUGCUGCUGCUGCUGCUGCUCUUCAAGAUGGUUGAGGCUGUGCAUAAUUUCGCCUGGCCCCUGGAGAACACGCUCUGUGCCCUCACAGGUUUCGGCUUCUACUGUGGCAUCUACUGCAGCACGUGGCUGCUGGUGGGCAUCAGCGUGGAGCGCUACUGCAGCGUGGCUUUCCCCGUGCAGUACAAGCUGAACCGCCGGCCCGUGUACGGAGUGAUCGCUGCCGUGGCCAUCUGGAUCUUGUCCUUCGGACACUGUAGAGUUGUGAUCAUUGUCCAGUACUUACCAACCAACUCGUCGCGGGAGGCCAACAGCCGCCCUGUCUGCUAUGACAACUUCACCCAAGAGCAGCUGCGCGUGGUGCUUCUGGUGCGGCUGGAACUCUGCCUCCCCUUCUUUUUCAUCCCCAUGGGGGUCACCAUCUUCUGUUACUGGCGUUUGGUGCGAAUCCUUCUCUCCCAGUCGCAAGUGGUGACCCGGAAGCACUGGAGAACUGUGGCGCUGGUUGUUGCGACGCUGUUCAAUUUCCUGGUCUGUUUCCGGCCCUACAAUGUAUCUCACGUGGUGGUGUUCUUCCAUAAGACCAGCGAAAGGUGGCGGGUCUGCGCCGUGAUGCUCACAGCUCUCAAUGCCUGCAUCGACCCUUUGAUUUUGUAUUUCUCCUCCUCAGCUGUGCACAGAGCCUUUGAUAAAAGGCUGCAGAGCGGGGGCGCCUCCCUGGCAGGGUACUGGAGGAGGCAAGCCGGACAGCCAACUGCAGAGAGAGGAAAUGGGAGCUUAGGUGCGGCCAUAUGAGACUGGAUUUGCCAGCCUGGGUUACUGUGUUUUGGGGAGUAGGGGGCUCAAAAAGGGGAACAAUGAAACAGAACCAGGGCAAGUUCUCCAGUGCCGAGCUUAAGGGGCAAAGAAGAGCAGUGGGUCUCUUAAAUCCAUCUCAUCCACUGGGUGAGGGUUUUCAUUUUGUUCCCUGUGGUUUAUGACAUUUCCUCAUUCGUGGCUAGUACUGCUUGUGGUAAACUAUAAGCCCUUUUAUCCUGGGAUAUCAGAGCCGUGAAAUUCCUUGCCUUCCCUACCC